AUGAUCAAUUUCCUCAAGCAUCUGGACAUUGGUCAGCAUGGACACUCCAUCAGGAUGUGUCUAUCUUUUCGUCCGUGGUCUGUCUUUGAGAACGCAUUCGGACACGCUGUCCCGCACAUGAAGCUCCGAGAUCUUACCUAUGUCGAUAUGCUCAACUACACUGCAGACAAGCCGCUGGAAAACAUGCCCAUGAGACGAUUGCUGAACAAGCGCCCUGCGUUGCGGGCGGCCAUUGUCGACGAUGCCGUUCAGUGCGCCGACGGAGUGAUUCUCUGGGAGAGGCUGGCCGUAAAUGAAAUGAUUGCCGGAUGGAGACCCGACUCCGGUGCAGAUGGCUUAGUGUCCAUCCUAGAGCAACUUCCGGCUAAUCUCGACGACCUCUUUGCCAAGCUGCUCUUUGAAGACCGCGCCCAGUCUGAACUGGCGGAAGCCGCCGUGAUUUCCGAGCUCAUUCGCGCUUCGACGACAGCAUGGCAAGUUGAGCAGGCAGAAGACCAGUUCGUAUGCGAUCGCUGCGACGCAGCAAUCCGGCAGAUUACGUACCGAUUCGCUCGUCUGCUAGCCCUGCGUCGCCCUACCCGACAAGGAAACAUGAGAGCGCCUCGCUUUGCAGACGACAACACGCGGGAUGCCAGAGUCGAGGCUGCUCAGAGAGUGACUUGUAUUCACCGCACAGUCCGCGACUGGCUCAUGGAGACACCGGGGAUUCAGGACCGGCUAGUUUCGCAGUCGCCUCGGGAUUUCGAUGCUCACCUGCGUCUGCUGCGGUCGUACGCCUUCCGGCUCAAGAGACGGCUGGAAGGAAUCGAGCAUCACCGCAGGCUGGACGAGUGGCGGCCAGACAUCGCCCUCGCGCUGACACACGCCCGGCACAUCGCCAACGAUCCAAGCGGCCUGCAGCGGCCCUUUGUCAAUGAGCUCGACGAGACAUUGAGCUGGCACUGGCUCUGCAAGCCCCAGGACCCGUACGACCAAUGGGCCAGAAACGCCUUUGGCGCGUACGAGGUCCGCAUGAAGGCCUCGCCGAUGUGGCAGCCACCAAGUUCGGCCUUGCGCGCUACGUCUCCGAAGAGGUUGCCGCUCGCGACAAGGCAGAAGAAGGCCAGGGAGCAUCGAACGGACAGCAAGAGUGGCAGCGAGACAACGCCACGCCCCUGUUGGCACCAUCUUUCCGCUUUCCGACCCGGUGCUCGUCGAGUUCCUCCUCCGAAACAGGAGGCGCAUGGGCCGAAUCACGAGUACGCCGACUUUGUUACCCGCACGCCAAGAACGCCGUGGUUGGCACUGCUGCGUCACUCGCGCGAUGCUCGUCGUCGAGGAUUCAUAGCGUACUAUGACGUCGAUGCCGAUGGGACUGCUCGGUGGGCGGACAUUGUUCGUCUGUUCCUGGAGGCUGGAGAGGCGGACCCUCAGGCGGUCAUCAUGGCCGAUGGGUGGGAUUCAGAAAGUCACGGCCCUGGGCGUGCUGGAGUUGUUGGACGAGACGUAUGGCGCUGUUGA